AUGGCCUCGCCUGAAGAGACAGAAGGGCCUCUGACUCCCGUGGAUUUUAUCCAGCUGCAGCAUUACAUGGAAUACAGCAGUCUGAGGUUGAAAGAUGUGAUUAAGGACUUUCACCCUGGUGGUCGCCUGGCCCAGCACAGCGUUGGAGAGUGCGUGGAUGCAGUGGGUUUCGGUCUCUUUCUCAAGACCUACCUAGAAGUGGAUGACUUCCCUGCAGAUUUCUGCCAACGUCUUUUUAACUAUUUUCAACAUGUGGAGCAGGAUGCGUCCACCAAGAGCCCUCUGCCCAAAGGAGGUGGGGUCUUUCUUCGUGAUGUAUCCUGUUACUUCUCAGUGCUGGAGGAAGGACAGCCACGCGAGAAGCUCGAAUUUACCUUCAAACUUUAUGAUAAAGACUGCAACCAACUCCUGGACAGCUCUGAGGUGGAUCGUAUCAUCACCCAGAUGAUGCGAGCUGCUGAUUACCUUGGCUGGGAUGUGACUGAACUCAGACCAGUGCUCAAAGACAUGAUGACAGCGAUCGAUGUGGACGACAGUGGGACUGUCAAUCUGGAAGAAUGGGUGAAGGGAGGCAUGAACAACGUGCCUUUACUUGUUCUGCUUGGACUAAAGAUGACAGAGAGAGAUGGACAGCAUAUUUGGAGGAUGAAGCACUUUAACAAGCCAACAUACUGCAGCGUGUGUCAGAGCAUGCUGCUCGGCCUCGGGAAGCAGGGACUCUGCUGCAACUGUUGCAAGUACACCGUCCACAGUCAUUGUGCUAACAAGAAUCCUGAACCCUGUGCUCGUACCUUUGUCAGCUCUAAAAAGGAGAUUGGUCGUCACAACCACAACUUACAACCUGUAAAGGAUCACAACAGGGAGCUGGCCAAGUUUCGUCAGCUGCUUCCAGAGGUAGCAGUUCACGACUGGAUCAGAGCUGACUUUAACGCUACCAAGUGUCAGGUCUGCAACAAGAAGAUCAAGACUUUGGCGGGGAGGCGUUGUGUGUGGUGCCAGGAGAUGCGUCACGAUGAGUGUAUUUUCUCUGGCUUAUCGUCCUGUGAUUGUGGGCCACUGAAAGAUCAUAUUCUGCCCCCGUGGGCCAUACACGCCGUCUCAAAGGAGGAAGACACCAGCUUGUUAAAUGUCACCCCUGAUGGCCACAUCCUGCAGAUUGUUUCGAUUCCAGACAUCCACCCUCUGCUGGUGUUUGUGAACCCAAAAAGUGGAGGAAAGCAGGGUGAACGAGUGCUCAGGAAGUUUCAGUACCUGCUGAACCCACGUCAGGUGUACAACCUUUCCAAUGGAGGUCCUGCUCCAGGACUACACUUCUUCCGCAAUCUGCGUGAGUUCAGGAUCUUGGUGUGUGGAGGAGACGGCACCGUCGGGUGGCUCCUGGAUGCCAUAGACAAAGAAGAUCUGCAGGUGCGUCCUCCAAUAGCUAUCCUGCCUCUGGGCACCGGGAAUGACCUGGCUCGCUGUCUACGCUGGGGAGGAGGCUACGAGGGGUCCGACUUGAGAGAGAUCCUGAAGGAGAUCGAAGCUAGCGAGUUGGUUUCCAUGGACCGCUGGAGCAUCCAGGUGAUACCAGACGACCCCCAAGAUGAUGGAGACCCUGUGCCCUACGAGAUCAUUAACAACUACUUCUCUGUUGGAGUGGAUGCCUCUAUCGCCCAUCGUUUCCACUCCAUGAGAGAGAAACACCCCCAGAGAUUCAACAGUAGAAUGAAGAACAAACUUUGGUAUUUUGAGUUUGCCACCUCUGAGACCAUCUCUGCGUCUUGCAAGAAGCUGAAGGACUGUCUCACGAUUGAGUGCUGUGGAAGGUCUCUGGACCUGAGCCGCAAGUCACUUGAGGGCAUAGCUGUCCUCAACAUACCCAGCAUGCACGGAGGCUCCAACCUCUGGGGCGAGUCCAAGAAGCCUGACAGCGUGUCAGUGGGGGAGCCCAGUGAAGUUAUCACUGACCCUGAACUUCUUAAAACAAUCUCUCAAGAUAUGAGUGACGAGCGCUUGGAGGUUGUGGGGCUGGAAGGAGUCAUAGACAUGGGACAGAUCUACACUGGACUGAAGAGCGCCGGGCACAGACUAGCUCAGACCUGCCAAAUAACCAUCAGGACAAACAAAGCCCUGCCCAUGCAAAUCGAUGGGGAGCCCUGGAUGCAGCCUCCAUGUACUAUCCACAUAACUCACAAGAACCAAGCUAACAUGCUGAUGGCUGUACCAACAAAAUCAACUGGCUUCUUUCACCUCAAGUAGAUCAACGCUUCCACUACACCCUCCAGUCUGCUGAGGGUCACAACACAACAACUAUUUAACUUUAAGGAUGCAGGAUGAAAGAGAGACGUCUAUCUCCAACAGUGUAACUGUGUGUUUCUUUUAUUAAGUAUUAGUGUGUAUGUGUUUUGCACUUCAGAGUGCAAAUUUCACUUCUAAGUCUGAUUGUUGCUAUUGUGUGCCAACUUAAAUGUAAGGAAUUCAUUUAUUUGUUUAUGUAGACUAAAAAGCAGAGCAUGUUGUGUAUCUACAGUGUGUGGAUAAGGAAUAUAUUUGUUUGUUUGUUGUGAUUGUGUUGUUCAUCACACUUACAGUAGCUGCAUCUGUAUUUCCUAAGGCAGCUGGUGAUGAACUGGCUUUGUUCACAGCAGCUCACCUUGUUCAACAACACUAUCCUACCUGUCUGUUCCUGUGUCUUACCUGUCAGUGUUCUUCCAACUGAAAGAAAAAUAUGUCAUUAUUUCAGUGUAAAGAAAUGAUGUGAGAAACAAUUCACUGAAUGCACUAAUUUGUUUACCGUAAAAAACAGCAUUCCACUGUAUUUAAUACAUUAAAGUGCACAAUGCUUCUUAGACUUUGCUGACAAUUUGUUGUUGUUGGAUCACCUUUGUAACAAGAUGUUCCUAUUGAUUAGGCUUCUUCAAAACAGUCACAGAAUACACAGAAGCCUUCAGAAAUGUAAUGAAAUAAGAUAUAUUCCACCAAAUAAUAUAUUGUGGGACUGGAAAAAUGUUGAUGAGAUUUAGUUUCAGUGAGCAUUAUGUGUCUUUCAGACGUCAGUAGUCUUGUGUUGAGUCUAUUAGUGCAUACAGUAGUAAUACAUGUAAACAUGUAACGCGCCUGCAUGUUCAUUUAUUAUCUUGUCUUAAUGUCAGAUUGUGUAGAUGUCAUUUGCAUUUGCGUCUUGACAAUGUUGCGUACUCAGUUUCAGUGAGGCUCAUACAGCACCACACCAUCACAUUUAUUGAAUGUCCUCAGAAAUAAUUACAGUCUGUCGCCCCACUACAAGUCUCUUUGUAUUAUACUGUCUGACCUGUUUAUAUUUGGGGAGAUUGCACUGUACGUCGCAGCUGAAUAUGAAGCUCUCACACUGUAAUGAGAGAGACAUGUACCUUAAGGUGCGACAGAAUUCAUUAUGAGGAUACAAAAUAAAACAUUUUCAUCUAAAUGUUUAAUUCUUUUAAAGGACAAAUUGCAGAAUACCUGAAUGUUUACAUGUUCAUAUAAAUCACAGUUCUAAAUAACAUGCUGCUUCAACUGCUCUCAAGGUAAAAAAAACACAAAUUGCCUGUAAAAACAUCGUUAAAACGUGUGAACUGUACUC